AUAUAAUUAUGUGUGAUGAAAGCGAGUUAACAAUAGAAGGUCGAGCUAUCUCGGAAAUGAAAGUUGUCGAAUUGAAGGAAGAAUUAGGCAAGCGUGGGCUGUCUAAAAUUGGCAACAAAAAUGCUCUUCAUGAACGACUUAAAGAACAUCUCGUUGCUGAGUUAAAUGCAAAAUGUGAAAGUGAAUCACAGUCAACGGCUGUAGAGAGCCCUCAAAGAGACUUGACUUCACCUCCCAAUCCACUAGUUGCAGAAUAUCUAGCCAAACAGCAAACGGCAUUGCGUGAAGCUCGCAAAGAUGCAGGGAGAUCAGAAGUUAUUAAAUUUGUAGAAGCAGUAAGAAGAGCAUCAUCUGGAGAUGAUGGAUCACCAAUGCAUGAAAAAACUGCUUCAACUGUACGUCGUUCUCGACGUGGACGUCGUGAGUCCACAGCUUCUGUGAGUACAAGUAGUGUUACUGAAGAGAAGGGGACAGAAAUUAUAGUGACCAGUGAAACUGAACAGGAAAGUAUGGAGCCACAGCUAGGAACGAAUGACGCUGAAAGCACGGAAGAUGAUGAUACUAUGCUCUCUCGAGUUUCGCCAAAUAAAAUAGAUGAUUCUGUAGAUUCUGCUUCAGUUUCUGCAGAUGUGAAAACACCUGAAGAGACGGAACGGACAGAAACUGAAUAUGAUGAUUCAAAACUGGUUGAUGUUCAGCAUUCGAUAGAUUCAGUGGAUAUUGAUUCAUAUAAUACAAAUUCUGAGGAUAUAUUUGAAGAACAAGAAAUGAAAGACAAGCAUGACAUGGAAGAAAAGAGUGAACCUGCUGUGUCAGAUGCGCAUGAUAGUGACAGUGAUACGAAUGAAUCGAGCACUAAAUUUUCAGCCGCGGAAACUGUCUCAUUGGAAAAGAAACGCCGUUGGAAACCAUAUGAGGCAACUCAUUUUCCAAAUAGUGUUGUAACUGUUUCAAUUGGCAAGCAGAAAGAGGAAGGAAUUGAAAUUGACGAAGAAGAAGAUAGACUUGAUACGCAAACUUCAAUUGAUUUCAAAGAAGAAUUAUCUGACACAAAGGACAGAAUGGAAGAAUUAGAUUAUGAAGAACCUAUGCAAAGCUCAGUUGCAGAAGUAGCUGAAGAAGUCAAGGCUGCUGAGGAAGUGGCUGAAAGGCAUAAGGAAAAAAUGCUUGAAAGAGUUGAACGACAUGCGAAACGCGCAGAUAGUUCACGACUGCACAAACGUUCCCCUACGCCAGAGAAACAAGCAGAAAAUCAAACAACAAUGGAUGGUUUUGUCCGUGAACGACAAGUUUCACCAGCUCGAUAUCCCGUUAAUCAAGUGAUAAUGAUCAGGCAACUCACUCGUCCUUACACAGUUAAGCAGUUACAGCAGCUACUUUCAAUUUUUGGUACGAUUGUUGAAGGAGGUUUUUGGAUCGAUAACAUCAAAUCUACUUGUAUUGCAAAGUAUUCAACUGUAGAAGAAGCUAUCGUAGCUCGAGGGCGCCUUCAUAAUGUUGUUUGGCCACCAUGUAGUCCAAAAACAUUGAAAAUCGAUUAUUCAGAUGAUGCAAACCUUGCCAAGCACAUUGCUGCUGAUCAGUCGCAAAAUGAAGGAAAUUCUAAAGCAAGUGCAGAAAUAAAAUCAUCAGAGAUAUCAACUCCAGCACUUCGUGUAAAAUUAAGCGUGGAUGAAAAACGAAGACAUGUUCAACCAGCCAGUCAAGAGGAGUCAGGAAAAGAUUCGGAUAAAAAAGAGCGAGAAAGACGUGAACAUGAAGUUAGAGGACGAAAACGUUCAGCUUCACCAAUAGGCCGUACGGAUGUGAAACGAUCUCGCAGACGGCGAUCUCCGUGGAGGGAUGAACCCUACUCUUCUCCCGUUCCUUCCGAAUUGAAAUCAGGCGAACCAGAAAAACGUGUCAAAACCGCAGAUGAAUUGUUUUUAAAGACAAAAACUCAACCAGCUAUAUAUUAUUUACCUCUCACAGAAGAACAGAUUGUUGAACGUAUCAAGCGAAAAGCUUUAGAAGCAGAAUUAGCCAAGAAAGUUUCUCAGAAUGGGGCAGUAUCGAAACGUAAAGAAAUUGAUGAACCAGUGAAAGAGAAGAUGAGUGCGAAGAAAGCGAUUCACGUUAAAUCUUCUCCCUCUCAUCGACGUUCUCGCACUCCAUCUCGUCGAAGAUCGCGUUCGCCAGUAGGGCAGCGUGAUCGGAGGCGUUCCAAAUCUCGAUCACCACGUCGUCGUCAUUAGGU